AUGGCAUCGUCAAACAAAAGUUCAAGUAAGAAAAAAUCUGAAACAUGUGUGAAUAUUGAGAUAAAAGAUUUCAUUGAAAUUGGAAAUGAUGUGAAUGUUGAUGAAAUAUUACCACUAUGGACAAAAGAACAAGAAGAAAUGGUUUCAUUGAUUAUAACUGAUGUCGAUCAGAUUGAACAACCAAUUCAAUAUAUUGCUGGUUUAGAUAUCAGUUUUGCUAAAUCAAAUGAUCAAGCUGUUGCAUCGAUGGUUAUUUUCGAUUAUACAACAUUAAAUAUUGUAGCAAAAAUCAGUAUUUAUUGUGUGAUUAAAAUUCCAUAUAUAUCCGGUUAUUUAGCAUUUCGUGAAACUCCUAUAUUUAUGAAAUUAAUUGAAAUUCAAAAACAACAUUGUCCUCACUUAACACCACAAGUCAUUCUAAUUGAUGGAAAUGGUGUUUGGCAUCCACGUCGUGUUGGUAGUGCAUCUCAUUUUGGACUCUUAAGUGGUAUUCCAUGUUUUGGUGUAUCGAAAAAUGUUCUCAAUGUAGACAGUAUCACACGAUUUAAACUUCAAGAAUUAUUAACUGAAAAAGCACCAGAUAUUGAUCAAUAUAUUGAAGUUCUAGAUGAUAGUGGCAAUGUUCUUGGUUUAGCUUAUAAUGUAACUGGCAGUGUCAAAAAUGCUGUUUAUAUCAGUGUUGGACAUAAAAUAACAUUGACAACAGCUUUACAUAUAUUUCAAUUAGUCACUCAAUAUCGUAUUUGUGAACCAAUACGACAAGCAGAUCUACUCAGCCGACAAUUGGUUGCAAAUAUUUCAUAA